GAGCACCUGGUAGUCGACGGGGCUCGAAGUGGAGUUGCGUACAGGGAACUGACUAAACAGCAAUGCGGACGAAGAAGGACAAAAACAAGGGAAUAGUCCGUUUUUGUGUAACAACCCGGCGGAUCGGGGCUUUGCUUGGUCGUCAGGCAUGAUUUAACAAGGGUUACCGUUACGCCUCCAAGACCGCACAGAAGAGGACAUUACCAGGCUUGGAAGCAGCUCCGGGGCGGAUAUUUUCCCGACAAAAACCCUUACCCACAGUCGUAUUCCCAGCCCCGGUCGUGUGGAAUAGUCCGCUAAAAGAAUGAAUGCUUGAAUAUUUUGUAUAUUGUCUAGUUGUGUUUUUUUUUUUUUUGGCCAGCACUGCUUUCCAUUUUUAAGGACUCGCUAUGGUGGACUCUCUUACCAUGAGGAAGACUUUUGUGGUCCCAGACAUAAAGCCGUUGGAUUUGUAUGACUCUACUAAAGCAAAAAUAUGCGCAAGUGUCGGGUGGCUACUGGCGAAGUCCUACGGCAGUGCAGAGAAUGUUCCUGCAGAGCUGCGUGACCCCUUUUACUGCGACCAGUAUGAGCAGGAGCAUCUUAAACCGCCAGUCACGCGCCUCCUGCAGUCCUCGGAGCUCUACUGCAGGACCUACAGCCUAUUAUUGGGGGGCACCGGAGCCGAAGCACAGCCCAAAGACAACGCCACCCUGCUGCAGCUCCUCACUCAGAGAGGCAAAGUCUCCAAAGACCAGGACACACCAGUUACCGAUGCUGACCUCCGACAUAAACCCAUCAAAAUGAGUGCUCACCUGGCAGUGAUAGAUGCCCUGAUGGCUGUGGGAGCCAUGGAGACGGUGACUGCGGUGAGGACAUGUGGUUCUGCUGAGCUACUGGGUGGAGCCUCCAGCUGGGAAGAUGCUCUGCUUCAUUGGAUUAAUAGAUUAAACCAGAAGUUAAGAGAAUGUACUGUAGAAGCCCAGAAUGAGCAGGACAUUACAGAGCCCCAACCUGUUCAACCCUCUUGUCCUACUCGCUGGUACUGGAAACUUGUUCCUCUCCGCUACAGGAAGGAUAAAAUACAGUCCAAAUAUAAGCCCAUCUUUCCAGUGGUGAAUGAAAUCAAAGACCUGUCCAGUGGUUGUGCUGUAGCUGCUGUCAUACAUUACUAUUGUCCUGGCCUGCUAAGACUUGAAGAUGUUUGUAUGAAGGAGUCCAUGUCUGUAGCAGACAGCCUAUACAAUCUGCAAUUCAUCCAUGAAUUCUGUGACAGCUGUCUGAAGAGCUGCUGUCAUUUGGCACUGGAGGACAUUUUAUACACCCCACAGGAGCUUCAGCUCAACUUGCUGAGCUUCCUAGCAGAACUGCUUAACUGGUUUGAAGUACGGAGGCCAGAAUUUGUUCAGCCAAUAGACACGUUGGUUUUAGAUGGAUCCACACCAUUAACACCAAGUAGCUUGAGUGGCAACAGUACCUCCCCUUCUAUCUUCAAGAAGCCUUUCCUCCCCAUCUCCUCUCCUGCGUCAGGAUCUUUGACUCAGUCUACCUCAAUGUCUCAUAUAGAAGGAGUUGGAAAAACAUGGAGCAAGAAACCUCUCAGCCGACCUUUGUCAGCAGUAUCCUUCAGCAUUCCUUUUGGCCUGGACAGUGAUGUGGACAUUGUGAUGGGCAACCCUGUAAUAACCCGCUCUGUGAGCUCAGACCAACUCAACCCAUCAGGCCAAAACAUGACCCGGGCGCCCUUCACCCCUCCUGAAGACCUUAGCCAUUUUUUAGGCAAACCCCCUGGCCCCAAUGGCCCACAUAGAGCUUCCUGGGCCACCCAAACUCCCAGUAUCCCAAAAUUGGCAGAGGAGAAUGGCCUUGCAGCAAGUGAAACAGGAGAGCUGCCUACCAUUGAAGAGGCUUUACAAAUUAUCCACAACGAAAGCAAGAUGGAACCCCGUUUACACCCUGAUGGUGCUCCUGAUGGCUUCUACCUCCACUCUCCUGAUGAACCUGCUAGUUCUCGACAUAACAACAACUUAACACCCAUCAGCUUCUCUGCCCCUACGCGCUCAGGAAUGAUGUACCGGCCUACAAGAGAGUCCAGGGAGCCCACUCGCACUAGAAACACCUCUGAAUGUUCACGAGAUGAUGACUCUGUCUUGAGAGAUGGCAGUGUGGACUCAGAUGCAUCAGAAGACCUGCCAAAGGCCCAGUCCACACCAACCACACCGGCUGCUGGUGCACACUCUGUCAGAAGCAAUGGCAAAGAGGUGUCUGAUAGUGGUGUAAAGAUGACCAGCUUUGCAGAACGCAAAAAAAAGCAGAUCAUUGAAUCUCCUAAAGCCAGCACCCCCUCUUCUUCUUCUUCUCAGAUGACCAUGAUGGCACAAAAGUCUGAAGAAAGCCCCAGCAAGAGCCCACAACUCAAUAAUGAGAUGUCUGAGCUGGGAACACGCCUUGAAGAAAAGCGCAAGGCUAUUGAAGCCCAGAAAAAACGCAUUGAGGCCAUUUUUGCAAAGCACCGGCAAAGACUGGGGAAGAGUGCCUUUCUGCAGUUGAAGAAGGAGCAGCAUGAGGAUGAAGGGGAGGGGGAAGGAGGGGAUGGCCAGGUCAGCACCUCAUCCACAGAAGAAGACCUUUCUCGCUUGACACUGGAAGAAAGACUAGCUCGAAUGGAAGAGGAAGAACAGCAGGAACAAAAUGAACAGCACCUCCCAGUGGCGGAUGUCCGCAAUGUCAAAGUAGGACUUCAAAUCAACAAACAGGCCAGUCAUUCCAAAGAAAGGGCCAGUACGCCAGGAGAGAAGGGCUCUGGGACUCCUGGUGAGAAAAUGGUAGCUCCACUAGGGGACUAUAACAAUGCUGUAUCCAAGCUGACUGCAGCUCUUAGCUCUCUGCAAAGUGACAUGCAGCGGCUCACCGAGCAGCAGAACCACCUAAUCACAAAGAAACCUGUAGAUGCCAUCAACAAAUCCUGGGUAAUUCCAGCCAGCCCUAAAACCGCCACCCCAGCCGCUGCACGCAUGUCGCGUGAAACCACCCGAGAUUUUAAUUCAGCCUUCUCCUCUCCGUCUCCAUCCCACAAAAUCACAAACCACACCCCUCCUCCUAAAUCCCCUAAAGUCCAUCGUAGAGCUCAAUCUGUGCCCCCUAAAAGCCCCAAACACCACCAACAUAAUCGUCCCGUGGACAAUAAGGUCCCAACCCUGUCAAGGAUUAUCACUGCACCUAAAAACGUGGACCGCAUUCCCCACCUUCGUCGUGUACAUCCCUGGCAAUCCCAAGACCAGAAUUUGUCCUCAUUCUCCAUUGGUGACUCUGACCGCCUAGAUGAGCUGCGCUCAUCUGGACCAACUCCUGUCCCCACGACGACUGUGAACCCUUUACCAACUCCUGCCGUGACGCCCCGUCCUACUGCAGAUGACGCAUUGUCAGUAGGCUCCAAUGACGAUCAUAGUAUAUUUAGCAUGGACCUGGAGGCCGGGCCCUCACAUGGUACUUUGGCUCACAAGGAAGGCCAUUUACAUGGGGGCUGCAGCUCUGGUGCCCCAUCAGAGUGUUCCUUUGAGAGUGACGUCCCUGCAGGGAUGUCAAAUGGCAAACGCAGUAGCCUGAUAGAGAUCUCGCUGUCUGCUCUGCGUGGAGAUGGGGAGGGGGAGGACCAAGUACCUGACGCUUUCUCUGACUCAAUGAGUGACCGGACAGAGCAAGAGGGGAAAGGAGGGGUUGGUUUCUUUUUCAAGGAUGAAAAGGAGCGACCGGAGGACGAAAUGGCCCAGCGAAGAGCAGCUUUGCUGGAGAAACAGCAGAAGAGAGCAGAAGAGAUGAAAAGACGCAAACUUGAGCAGGAAAAAGAAAAAGAAUCCAGCAAGCCUCAGUGGAUGAACAUUGAAGGCUGGGGGAACAAGAGUGAGGACAGACCCCAGACUCCAGGUACCCCUCCACCAUCAUGCACCCCGCCAGUCGAGGGGACUCCCCAGCGCAGAGGAGACUUCACUCGGCAGGAGUAUGAGAGGAGACAUCAGCUCAAGAUCAUGGAAGACUUGGACAAGGUUCUGAGGCAGAAACCCACCACGGUUCGCGGUGUCAAGAAGCAGAGACCCAAGACUGUGUUCAGAGAUGACUCCGUCCUCUCUCAUAGCCCUGCCAAGGGUUUCAUGGGCUCCAGGCUGAACAAGGUGUACUCCCAGUCAACCAUGAACCUUUCCUCCAUGGCUAAUGACUCUGGAAGCCUGAGUGUCAGGAAGUCCCCCAGCCGUUCACACUCUCCCUCUCGGCUAAUGUCACCAAGACGUACGAGUGCUCACAAUGGAGAGAAGGAUUGGGAGAAUGGCUCAACUAUUUCCUCCCCUGCCUCAAUCCCAGAAUACACAGGACCAAAGCUGUAUAAGGAGCCUAGCUUUAAGUCUAACAAGUUCAUCAUCCAUAAUGCUAUCACCCGCUGCUGCCUGGCUGGCAAGGUCAAUGAACCACAGAAAAACAAGAUUGUAGAGGAAAUGGAGACAAGCACGGCCAACCACUUCCUCAUCCUUUUCAGAGAUACCAGCUGUCAAUUCAGAGCAGUUUACACCAUGAACCCUGAAACUGAGGAGAUGGUACGACUCACUGGCAUUGGCCCCCGGAUCAUCGCACCCGAGAUGGUUGAGUCCAUUUACAAGUACAGCUCUGACCGCAAACAGUUCACUGUCAUCCCGUCCAAAACUAUGUCAAUGAGUGUUGACGCCUUCACCAUCCCUGGUCACUUUUGGCAAAAGCGCCCUGGAACUCCCAAGAAGCUUGGCACCCCCAAAUAAUGUCAGUUAUGGGUGAAGAUGGGUAAAGAUGUUACCUUUCAGGGAACCAACUCCCAACUGCACUCCUAUUGUCCUCUAUUUUGGCCAGAGAGGCACUUGAGAGGCAUUACCCAGUUAAUCUAGCAGUGUUUUUUGGCCAGUAAUCAACCUGGACUCUAAGAACAAUCUAGUCAACUAUACAUGCCAAGAGAAAGGGCCAAUCACUCACUCAGCCAUGUAGUUACAGUUCUCUUGAGGGCUUCUGAUUGUCUCUACCUAGAUUGUUAAACAUAAUGCGAUUGAUUCUGUUUGGAUGAAGAAUUAACUUUCCCUUGCACCCUGCCUCCUCAUGCCUUGCCUUACCCUGCCCUGGAGUCGUUUUUGCAACUCUUAGGUAAGAAAAA